UUUUGCAUUUGCAAAUAGUAAAUUAAUAAAACGUUUAAUAAUGUCCGUGGUCAUUGAGACCACGCUAGGAGACCUAACAGUCGAUCUCUUCAUAGACGAGCGUCCUAUUGCCUGCCUAAACUUCUUAAAGCUAUGUCAAUUAAAAUACUACAACUUUAACCUAUUUCAUACGGUGCAGCAAGGCUUUAUAGCACAAACUGGUGAUCCAAGCGGCGCUGGAGAUGGAGGCUCUUCAAUUUGGGGCGUUGUGGAAGGUUCACACAAGCGUUUCUUUGAAGCGGAGAUGCUGCCAAAGAUCCAUCAUUCAAGUGCUGGCAUGCUAUCACUUGUUAGCGCCGGCAAAAACCUUGUGGGCUCACAGUUCUUCUUCACGCUUGGUGACAGCCUUACAUCUUUGGAUGGCCAACACUGCGUCAUUGGUGAGGUGGUAGAGGGACACGAGCUGCUUCGAAAGCUAAAUGAUGCCAUUGUGGAUGAAAACCAUCGCCCCUAUCAGGAUAUUCGCAUAACGCACACAGUGGUGUUAGAAGAUCCGUUUCCUAAUCCACGUGGCUUUCAAGUUCCCAACCGUUCUCCGUCUCCCAGCGCUGAGAGAUUGAAAAAUGGCCGUAUUGCUGCCGAUGAAGCUAUUGAUGAUGCCAAUGGCAAAACCAUGGAGGAAAUGCAGGAGCUGCUGGCUGAACGUGAGGCCAAGGCACGUGCCACAAUUCUUGAAAUUGUGGGUGACUUGCCAGAUGCAGACAUGGCACCACCAGAGAACGUGCUUUUUAUUUGUAAACUGAAUCCUGUAACAACAGAUGAUGACUUGGAGAUUAUAUUCAGUCGCUUUGGUGUUGUAAAGGGCUGCGAAGUUAUACGCGAUCGUAAAAGUGGCGACUCCCUGCAGUAUGCUUUUGUCGAGUUUGAAGAUCAGAAAUCUUGCGAAGCUGCCUACUUUAAAAUGGACAAUGUGCUCAUUGACGAUCGACGCAUACACGUAGACUUUUCGCAGUCAGUGUCUAAAGUGACUUGGCGUGGCAAAGGUCGCGGGGUAACUGGUGCCGAUGGUCAGCUAGACUUUAACAAUCUAAGAGACAACACCAGCAAUCGAAAUGGUAGUAAACGCUAUCAAAGGCGGGAGUUAGAGCCGCGGUCAAAAGAUGAACGGGGCGGUCGUUCAAACUCUGCUGAGCGACGAAAAGCGAGAGAUCAACGGCAUCAAAAGCAAAAAGAGCGGGAGGAACGAGAAAGUAAAAGCUCCAGAUCCAGAGAGCACAAUAUCCGACGACGCUCGACAUCAAGAGAUAAGUACGAAAGGGAUCGAAACAUCCGAAGGCGCUCACGCUCAAAGGAUCGACAUGACAGCGAAAGAGAACGCAGAAAUCGACGCCUUUCUGGCUCGAGAGAACAAUAUGUAGACCGCAGAAGAGCAAAUUCGCCUUAUAGAGGUGAUGGCCAAAAAGAAUAUACAGUACGCAUCCGUCAAGAAAUGCGGCACAGCAACAGCAGCAGAGACAAUAUCCGCAGAAAUUUGACUAAUCAGGACAAAUCGGUUCAAAAAGAGCGACGGUUGGGUGAGCUAAGACCAAGAAUGCCGGAACCGAAGUCUGUCUUAAAGAAAAAACUUAAACGUGAUAAAGGCAGCAGCACAGAAUCUAGUGACAGUUCAGAUGACAGUGAAUCUUCCACGGACAGUUCCAGCGAAAGCUCUGAUAGUUCCUCUUCCGAUGAGCGCCACAAGCGCAAAAAGAAAAGAAAAUCAAAACACAAAAAUAAGUCCAAGGCAAAAAACAAUUACAAGUCAAAAAAAAUUAAUACGUAG